AUGCUUCCAUCUUCAGUAUAUGGACAAUUGAGUGAUCCGUUGGUGCAGGCAGCAGCGGCAGCCUUGGCAUCCGCCGGAACGGAUUCAGUCAUAGGAAGUCGUGACACAAUGUUCACGAAAAUCUUCGUCGGUGGUCUACCGUAUCACACCAGUGACAAGACCCUCCACGAAUAUUUCGAACAGUUUGGUGAUAUUGAAGAGGCCGUCGUGAUCACCGAUCGUCAAACGCAAAAGAGUCGAGGAUACGGCUUCGUAACAAUGAAGGACCGUGCAGCUGCCGAACGCGCUUGUAAAGACCCGAAUCCGAUCAUCGACGGACGGAAAGCAAACGUCAAUUUGGCCUACCUAGGCGCAAAACCACGUACCAAUGUUCAACUCGCCGGUAGGUAUACCUUCUGUCUACUAUUAAAUUAG